AUGCCGACCAACUCCACCACCCGCACUGCCAUUGCGCCUCCGCUCGCCGCCUCCAGCAACAUGACCGCCAUUCGUGACGCUGAACGCAACAGCAACCGCAAUGUCUCUCCCUACAGCACCUAUUCUUCUCCAUCGCAACGACUGACCUCCAUGAUGAGCAAAUCCAUGCUUCCCGACGACCUGCUCUCUCUUCUUCCAUUCUUCUCUCCUCCCUACAAAAUCUCAAUACUAUCCCCAUUUCAGCUCCGAGAACCAUACCCUCAACCACCAGACCUUCACUCCGCCAUUGCGAACUGGGACGACGGCCAAUUCUCCACCUUCGAGCACGACAACGACCACUUCUCCUCCUUCGCCGACAACGACCGCUUCACCCUCAUCUUCAACGAAAGAUCCUCCUCGUCCUCCUCCGAGCAACACAUUUCCUCGGAAGUCGCGUCCAUCGCCGACAUCGAAUCGGAAAACAACAACCCUAACAUGUGCCGUUGUGCGAAGAAGCAAGUCUCCGCUCACUGCCUUCCCCAAGGCUCCAAGGAGAUGAUCGAGAGGCUGCCUAUACCGAAUUUUGGAUUAAUGUCGAAUCACUUCCUCCGACCCUUCCUCUUACCCUUCCACUCCCCAUGCAAGCGGUUCAACAUUAAGGAGGGCGGUGAAUCCACCGUACGAGAUGCAGCGGGCGAGAUGGGACGUGUUGCAGCUCCGAGCCUACUUGUUGCAAGUUCGGCGUGA